GGCGGGCACGCAGCUGGCCAAGUCCCCGGAGCCGAGCCUCCUACGGCGCGAGCCCGACGAUCCUUGCCGUGGAUGCUCUGCCCCAAGUGCUCCGUGCCGCGCCAGGUUUGCCAGGGUCCGCGGCAAGACAUGCCCGAGCCAGGCGCUGCACCGACCUCCACUUAUCAGUAAGCAGCCAAAGGCACCAUGGUCAGCAAAGACUCAGGCAGAUGCAUACUCACGACACCAGAGCGGGAAGUGGAGCCAGCAGCCUGCCUGGCCCUGGAGAUGAGAUAUGCCCUAGACCCCAACCGGCAGAUCAAAAAGCGGAACAAAGCCCUGCAGGUGCGCUUUAAGGAUAUCUGUGAGGCCCAGAAUGAGCAGAGGGACACACAGCAGUCUGCAGGACCUCUGGGGGAGAAGCGAGAAGCCAAGGCUGUGUCCUGUAGGGCGGCAUACCGUAAGUAUAUGACAGUGCCCGCCCGCCGAUCCAUUCCCAAUGUCACCAAGAGCACGGGUGUGCAGACCUCACCAGACCUUCGCAAGUGUUACCAGACAUUCCCGCUGGACCGCAAGAAAGGCAGUCUCAAAAGCCUGCCAGCUGCAGAUGCCUUCAAAGGCCAGAACAAUGGGUUUCUAGCAGAUUCAAAAGAGAAGAGCGAGGCAGGACUCAUGGAGGACUCCCGGCCUUGCAGUGCAGGGAGGAUUCACAAGACUACAGCAUUGGUUUUCCAUUCCAACGAGCAUGUGAAUGCACUGGACCAGCCUUCUGGGGUCAACUGUGCAGAGCUCUGCAAGACUCCAGACAUGCUUGGCUACCCUGAAGCUCUAGUGCAGAACUCCCGGCCUCCCUCUGAGGAGCCCAUCCACCAGCUGCAGGGGAGAGCUAAGCCAGACAGGAGCAGGCUGGACUCAGAGGAGCCCACUCCACUUGCCCAUGGAAGGGUGUUUAAAACAGAGGUCGCCACUGUAUACCUGCCUGCCACCAGUACCAGGGCCCCUGAAUCUAGCUUGUCAAACUCUGCUGCUGCCAGCCAAUGGUCUCUCUGCCCUGCAGAUGAGGAGCAGAAGAGGGCCACCCACUUCAAUGGGCUGCAGGCAUCCACUGGCUCUGCUCUGGCCUGCUCACCCCCAGUGCAGUGCCUGUCCCCAGAAUGUAGCGAACAGCCCCUGCAGAACCAGCCCAGCCCUACAGCUGGGGUAGGGGAUGAAGAACGCCAACAAAUUGUGCCUCACACAGAAGUGGUAGACCUCAAGGCCCAGCUGCAGGUGAUGGAGAACUUAAUCAGCUCUAGCCAGGAGACCAUCAAAGUGCUGCUGGGAGUCAUUCAGGAGCUGGAGAAAGGAGAGGCCCACCGGGAAGGGCUUUCAUAUCGGACGGGGCAAGACACAGCUAAUUGUGACACGUGCAGGAACAGUGCAUGUAUUAUCUAUAGUGUGGAGCUGGAUUUUAAGCAACAGGAAGACAAACUCCAGCCUGUGCUGAGGAAACUGCACCCUGUUGAGGAAACUCAGGUCAUCCCUUCGCCUUACACUCAGGAGACUUACUCCUCCACGCCCAAGCAAAAAUCCAAAACUGAGUCCAAAAAGCAUGGAAGGUGGAAACUCUGGUUUCUUUAAGACUCGUGGGUUUGGGAGUACCCAGACCGUCUUUCAAACCCACUGGAAUUUAAUUCAGUCCUUUUCCAAAAUGGAUAGGAUCAAGGGAACUGCGGUGCCAAUGCGUGCUCCCUGCUUCUCGCCCUGUGUACCAAAAAGGCCUUCGCACCAACAGAUAAUUAGUGGCAAGGGAGUGACUGUCACCCUUGCCAGCUGUCCUUUGCACUUCACUGUGUGGGGUGUAAAGUCUGAAAUAAAACUUACGUAAUCAAAGAUAAGGAAAAACUCUAACCCCCGGCAGUUCCCAUCCAGGAAUGAGUAUUGAGUUAUCAACGUUCCAUGCGGCAGGCUGUUCUUCUGUAGACAGUGGAACUUCUCAUUAUUUUUGGCCUUUUAUUAGUUUUUUUUUUUAAACAAGAAGAGAAAGCAAGCCUUCCGUUGGCAAAGGAUUUCAUUUUUACCUUUCCUUUUGCAAAUAAGCAGGGGGCGAGUGCAGUUUUCAGCACAUUAAAUUCCGGAGAAAGCACAAUUUUUUUUUCAAGUGGUCAGAGACCAUGAAUAAUCUCAAAAAUGUGACUCUAUGUAUAUCUGCCUUCGUGUGCUGUAGCGCUAAGCCAAGUGACCACAUCCCAGUGUCACAUUGACACCACAGAUUUAGCACCCUCUUCAUCUCCAGAUGGACGACAUGUUUACUGCUCAUUUUCCAAAUGGCCAGCAGCCAGGAACCACUCCUACCCCCACCCCAAGUCAGGAUAUGCCUUCAAUCAUUGCAAGCUGACAGGGUCAGAACUAAUGGACACUAAGCUUUCUUAGAUCUUGUUGUUAAUCUUUGGAUGCCCAAAGGCCAAAUGAUGAAUCUGGCAAGAAUUUGGAAAGAGGCAAAGAUACACAAUGGGUAAAAGAGCUACUUAUAAAUCACCGGUGCCUGGGCUGGGGCACAAAGUGUUUUUGUGGCUCGAUCCCUAGAGACGCUCUUCAAUCCCUGAGUGCAACCAGGUGGUUUCUACAGUUCUUUAUGCUCUGUCACUGCAGUGCAAGAUAUGACCAUCUCAGAGAGAAACAGAUUGUUUCCCUUAGCUGCUACCAAUGGCCAAACCUACCAUCGCCUACAUCUAACCCAUCAGUAAAUUGUAUUAAAUGGCAUACUUAGAGGAAAGCUGUGAAUCAAAUGUUUUUAGGCAUUUUUUAAAUCUGCCGUCACACACAAGAGUUCUCUCUUGAUGACACAUCACAACGUAAACCUCCACUGCUUUAUUUUUCACUCAUUUUUUGGCACCUUUACAAGUAUCUUUUUUAUAGAAAACAAAAUCCUCUUGUGAGUUAAUGAUGUCUCUCAGUGUUCUGCUUCUCAUGUAGGAAGUAGGGGGGUCUUCUUUUAACUUUUAUUUUUUUUUCCUUUUUAUAACUUGAAAUUUUGGAUAGCUGUGAGCAUACAAGAAAAAUCUAGUCUUCAGUGUCUAUCCAGCAUGUUCAACUGGGACUGCAUGCUGACGGCAGCCUGGUGGCUCUGAUAGCAAACCCACAGCAGCUCAGUUUUGGAGAGGGUCAUGGCCUGCUUUGGAUGGGUUGAAGCUAAGCUCACCAUGCUUUUCCUCUGGACUCAACAGUCCCAUUUAGUUCUAAACAUUUGAGUUAUAUAAGGAUAUAGAGAUCAGCAAUCAGAUCUGGUCUUUAAAAGAAAAAGAAGCUAAAAAAAUAUUUUGUGUGACUACUAUUUGGGGGUUACUCAAACCAUACUACAUAGAUAUACUUAAUUCAAAAUGCAAUCAUAUACACACACACACACACACACACCACAUGAGGGUACACGUGCACACAUAGGCAUGUACACAAGCACAUGCCUUUAAGGAAGUACUCUAUAAGAAUUCAAAUCUGCUUAAUUCAAAAUGCGCGCGCGCACACACACACACACACACACACACACACACACAUACACACCACAAAUGAGGGUGCACGUGCACACACAGGCACACACACAAACACAUGCCUUUAAAUAAAUACUCUAUAAGAAUUCAAAUCCACAAAGAACAGUAAACAGACGUGUUGGAGAAGAGCUCUGACUAAGCUGAUCCUAUACCUUGAAGGAAGUGCAAUUGUUUCAUGCAUACGAAACCUUUAAACAUGUGUUUCAUGUUUUUAUACUGUUUUUAACUGAUGUUAUAAAACUGUUAGCAACCAGUUUUCUCCUCAUAUGUUUGAAGAAUUCUGUGUUCUCAGCAAAUGAAAGGGUUCAGCAACUUUCUGUCCAGUGCUGCCCAUCUGUCUAAAUGCAAAUACAUGUGACUACCAGUGAUGUCACUGUUUCAAGUCUAGGUCCCCAAAUUAAAAAAAAUUAAACAUUUUAGAACAAGAAAUGAAACUCUGAAGAUAAACUAACUCUUUCUCAAAAGAAAAAGCAUCUCCCCAAAACAGGAAAUAAAAUGUAUUUUCAGCGCAUUUCAUAACCAAUCAUGAUUUGCCAAUGACAGAGGAUGACCCUUCUGGAAAGACUGAAGUCAACACUUUCAUACAAAGCCAAGUAAAAAGUUCAGUGUCCCCUCCUAUGUAGAUGUACACAUGGCAUUACGUAUAGAGAGUAAAUUAUUAUACUUGUCAUUAAAUAUUUAUUAAUUUUUAAAUAAAAAAAUCAAAGGUAA